GGUGGGCUCGAGGUUUUCUUCCUUUUCUGGAUGCUCUCUCUCUCGCUUCUCUUUCUCGCCAGGGGUUUGGGCAAUCGGUUUUUUUAAUUUAAUGAUAUCCCUUAAUAAAAAGCUGGGCAAUUGAUCCUCCAAAUUCAUCCAGCAUUUGAGGCUGGAUUCAAUUUGAUUGAAAAUGGCGAAUACAGAUCUGUUCGAUGCAUAUUUCAAGAGAGCAGAUUUGAAUGGCGAUGGUCAGAUCAGUGAAGCUGAAGCCGUUGCUUUCUUUCAAGGUUCUGGUUUACCCAAACAAGUCCUUGCUCAGGUGUGGAUGCUUACUGACCAGAGAAAAGUUGGUUUCCUUGGUUGGCAAGAGUUCUAUAAUUUUCUUAAGCUUGUUACUGUGGCACAAAGUAAGCGUGAGCUGACUCCAGAUAUGGUGAAGGCAGCGUUGUAUGGUCCUGCUUCGGCUAAAAUUCCGGCUCCUCAGAUAAACCUUGCACCGAGGCCUGCUCCUAAUGCAGUGACACCUGCCCCUCAGAUGGCUGGCGCCACAUCAGUGUUAUCUCAAAUCACUGGUAUCAGACCACCACAGAUGCCUGGAAAUGCAAACACAAACCAGCACUACUUCCCAUCUCAGCAAAAUCAGUUUAUGAGGCCACCCCAAUCUAUGCAUCCCAAUUUCGUGUUUCAUCCACCACAAGUGCCUGCAAGCCAUGGUGUGCCUAGGGGUACUACCAUGGCUGUUUCUCGCCCUCCAAAUUCAAAUAUCUUAACUGAUCGGGCUGGUGGAGGUAUAGGUGUCCCAACUACCCAAAGUCAAAGUAGGGGGUUUAGUCCUCCUGCAAUUCAGGAUGGAUUUGGGCCAACAGCAUCAUGGUUGAUGCCCUCUGUCCAACAUAGACCGCAGUUGGCCACUGAACAGACACCUUCUAGUAUACCAAAACCUCAAGAUGCAGCUGUGGCCUCCAAACAAUCUGCAUCUAAGGAUUCUAAAGUUUCAAGGAAUGGCUUUGCCUCGGAAUCAGUUUUUGGAGAUGUAUUUUCUGCAACUCCUGCUCAACAAGCACAAAGUUCCUCAUCAGCUGUGUCAUCUACGAGUACCUUACCUGUCUCAUUGGGAAUUAAUCCAUCUUCUCUUGGGUCCCAACCUUCAGUCAAGCCAAGCUCUCUUGACACCUUGCAGAGUACAUUUUCUCAGCAACCUGUUGGUGGGCAAUCAACAGGAAGACAGAACCAGCCUGUUACAGCUCAAGGUUCUGUUGUUACUCCUUCAUCUGGGUUUACUGUUGGAGCUGGGAAUUCAGAUUCCAGUCAAUCCCAGCCCUCAUGGCCAAAGAUGACUCACUCUGGUAUUCAGAAGUAUAUGAAAGUAUUUGUGCAGGUCGACACAGAUAGAGAUGGAAAAAUUACUGGUGAACAGGCACGCAACCUUUUCUUAAGUUGGAGGCUGCCAAGAGAGAUCUUAAAACACGUUUGGGAUUUAUCUGAUCAAGACAAGGACAGUAUGCUUUCUUGGAGGGAGUUUUGUACAGCGCUCUAUUUGAUGGAACGUUAUAGAGAAGGCUGUUCUCUUCCUACAACACUUCCAAGAUCUGUAACGUCUGAUGAGGUUCUGUUAUCUGCCACAAGCUACCCUACCGCUUCAUAUGGCACUAGCAGUGGAACUUGGAGACCUGCUUCUGGUUCUCAACCACCACAAGUUGUGAUGGGUCCAAGGCCAGCACCUGCUGCUGCAGCAAGGCCACCAAGGCCUCCUGUUCAAUACGCUGAUGAAAAACCACCCCCUCAGCUAAAGUCCAAAGUUCCUGUUCUGGAAAAGCAUCUUGUUGAUCAACUUAGCCAGGAGGAGCAGGAUUCUCUGAAGUCAAAGUUCCAAGAGGCAGCACAGGCUGAUAAAAAGGUUGAAGAAUUGGAAAAGGAAAUAGCAGAUUCUAGACAGAAAAUUGAGUUCUACCGUGUUAAGAUGCAGGAACUUAUUUUAUAUAAAAGCCGAUGUGACAGUCGACUAAAUGAGGUAACAGAGAGAGUGGCUGCUGAUAAACGCGAGGUUGAGGCAUUAGCCAAGAAAUAUGAGGAGAAAUACAAGCAGACUGGGGAUGUAGCGUCUAAAUUAACAAUUGAAGAGGCCACGUUUCGUGAUAUUCAGGAGAAGAAAAUGGAAUUAUAUCGGGCAAUUGUUAAAAUGGAACAAGAAAGCACUACUGAUGAUACUUUCAAGGAGAGAUCUGAGAAUAUACUGUCCCGUCUUGAAGAACUUGUAAAAAGUGUCAAUGAACGCUGUAAACAAUAUGGAUUGCGUGCUAAGCCAAUCUUACUGGUUGAGCUUCCCUUUGGCUGGCAACCUGGAAUUCAAGAAGGGGCAGCUGACUGGGAUGAAGAUUGGGAUAAAUUUGAAGAUGAAGGUUUCAUGUUUGUCAAAGAGCUCACUCUGGAUGUGCAAAAUGUUGUAGCCCCUCCAAAACAGAAAUAUUUAGUUCAAAAAGUAACCACUCCCACAAAUGAGGAUUUAAGUGCUUCACCCUCAAAGGCUGCAGCAAUGUCAGAGAACGAUGCAAGACUAGGUGAAGCAGCUCAAGAGAAAGAAUCAACUCACUACCAUAGUGAGAAUGGCACGGCAAGGAGUCUGCCAGACAGUCCUGCUGGUGCUGGAAGAAGUCCAACAGAGAGCCAAUUGCAUGAAUUCCGAGAUUCUCCAUUCAAAGAGAGUACUGGUGCUGAUAGUUCACCCCACACUAAAGAAAUCCAAAGUGACAUGGGUAGCACUGAAAUUUCUGGGGAUAAAAAUGGUGAUGAACAUGACUGGGGUACAUUUGACACUCAUUAUGAUACAGAAUCUGUUUGGGGCUUUGAUUCUGUUAAUGGCAAGGACUUGGAUCAUGAUUCUCACAGUGAAAGUCUAUUUGGUAUGGGUGAAUUUGCUCUAAAUCCAAUAAAGACAGGAUCCUCACGUGCAGAUAAUAUGUACCCGGGGAAGAGCACAUCUGUUUUUGCAGAUUCUGUUCCAGGCACCCCUGCAUAUGAUCAGGGGAGAAGCUUGUUUGCAGAUUCUGUUCCAAGUACCCCUGCAUAUAACCAGGGGAAGAACACAUUUAUGUUUGCAGAUUCUGUCCCCAGCACCCCGGCCUACAACCAGGGAAAGAGCUCCUUUGGUUUUGCGGAUUCUGUUCCCAGCACCCCAGCCUAUAACAAGGGGAAGAGCUCCUUUGGGAUUGUGGAUUCUGUUCCCAGCACCUCAGCCCAUAACCAGGGGUCAUUUGGAUUUUCAGAUUCUGUUCCUGGCACCCCUGCCUAUAAGUUUGGGAGCUCUCCACGGAAGUUUAGUGAAGGGUCGGAGGACCACUCCUUUGACAGCUUAUCUAGGUUUGAUUCGUUCAGUAUGCAUGACAGUGGACUAUUUCAAUCCCCACGCCACUCUCUUGGAAGAUUUGAUUCCAUGAACAGCGCUAGGGACUCUGAUCAAAGUUAUGGCUUCCCAUCAAGGUUUGAUUCAUUUAGAGAAUCCAGAGAUUCUGAUCAAGGUCAUGGAAGGUUUGAUUCUUUCAGAGAUUCUGAUCAGAGUCAUGGUUUCUCACGGUUUGAUUCGUUUAGGGACACUGAUAACAGUCAGAGUCUCCCAUCAAGGUUUGAUUCGUUUCGAGAGACUGAUAACAGUCAUGGGUUCCCAUCAAGUUUUGAUUCAUUUAGAGACACUAGAGACUCGGAUCAGGGUCAUGGGUUCUCAAGAUUUGAUUCAUUUAAUGCCAAUGACAGUGGAUUCUUCCAGUCCUAUGGCAAUUCCUUUGCCAGAUUUGAUUCUGUACGUGGCUCUAGAGAGACUGAUAAUAGUCAAUUCUCAUCAUUUGACGACUCUGAUCCAUUUGGCUCUACUGGGCUAUUUAAGACAUCAGUAGAGAGGGAAACUCCAAAAAAAAGUUCUGAUGACUGGAAAGCUUUUUAAUCAGGAAGUGGAUAUGAUACUACUCGUGCUUUCCUCCAUAUGAAGCUUUUUCUUGUUUAUUUUUUAUGGUCGAUGAGAUUUGGUCCUGUGUAGGUGUGGCGGCCUGGUUCUUCCAUGAGUACAUAGCGUGUGGUGGUGAAUUAUUGGCUGUACCUUGUGAUGUUAGCCUUGUUGGAUUUUGCAGGUCUUUUCUUUUGUUAAAUUGAAUUUACUUUUUAGUUUUUUGUUGUUGUAAUUUUUGAUCAGGACACAUGAAUUAUAUGUAAUUUUUUCAAACAGAUACUCUUAAACACUACUUGUGAUAUGAAAGUCAAAUUGAAUUA